ACCGAGGAUGGAAAUCGACCCGUUACCAUGGCAACGCAUCUCCAUCUGUGGUUGGAAGCGACAGUGCCGAGAGUGGGCAGCAGUGCGCGGCUAUUAAGAGACGUGAGAGGGAGGCCAAAUUGAUAUUUGGUCUAAACCGGUGGGUCGGAUACGGACACACGUACGGAGCGCACGCACAGACCUACCACCUGCUAACCUCCCGUAGUGAACCAUCCCUCCUGACUCACACAGUACGAGAUCCAUUCAGAUACAGACGUAACUUCACUCGCCGCGUCUCAGGAGAAGCAGCCAAGGCGCGGCCGCUAACCAUGGAGUCGGCUGAUACCGCCUGGCUCCGGCUCGUGCUGGCGGUCACCUUGUUGUCCACCUGCCCUGCACAGGAAGUUAGUCCAGAACCGUGCACGGUGGAGGGGUUUGGUGACUCCGGCUGUGGAGGGUACCGGAACCUCCUGUCUGACUGCGGUGUGCUGCAGACGGUAGGCUUCCCGGGGUAUGACUACCCCAACAACAGCCUGUGUGAGUGGCACAUCCACGUCAGCCCCAGGCACAGGAUCAUUCUCAGCAUUGAUGUCUUCGACAUGGAGGAAUCAGGUCCAGCAUGUGUCUACGACUACUUCUCUGUUUUCGACGGCGUGAGCGAAAAUGCCCGGAUGUUGGGAAAGUUAUGUGGCGCGCAUGCGCCCUUCGUCAUCCUGUCCAGCAGGAAUCAUCUUUUCCUGAAGUUUUCCUCUGAUUCAUCUGUGACAUCAAGAGGUUUAUAUGCGUCUUAUAUAUCUGAAGAAAUCGGGUUACAAUCUGCCAAGCCGCUUAUUGCGUUGGGACCACCCCUCCUCCCCGCACCUGGGUUCAUCAACUUUACAGGAGAUGACUUUUCAGAAGAGGAGGAGGAUUCUUUUGUUACUCAGCGUUACCUGAUCCAAUCAAAGAUCAGAGAAAGGGUUGUAUUAGAGUGGACCAUCGUCGGUGGGAAGCGUCGAUUCAGAAAAGCAUGUUUGAAGAUCUACGAAGGCGAUGUCAAAACAGAGGUACCAGAUAUGUCAGUAAGAUGCAAUGAGUCCAAGUCUUCAUCCGGGGUAUUUCGGGCCAAAGGGCACCGUGUUCUCCUUCAAGUGACCUUCAACACUGCACUUGACAGGUUGAAAAUUUACCUGCGCCAUUAUGGUGAAGACACACUGGAUAAACUCCCAGCAUGCACCAGCAGCACUGGUGGAUCUGAUGUCGGCAAGGUCAAUUUCGACGAUGCAAUUAUUCGCCAGAACCUGCCGGGUCGAGGAGAUAACAUCUACUGUCAAACGAGGCUAUCGUCUGCAGCGGGUCGUCACGUGUCAACGACAUUUGCAUACGUCAUCAACCCGCCGUCCGCCAUGUUGGAUUCCAAUGUUACGACAGGCCGUAUGGAAUUGUCUGUAUACGAUGGGAAAAGUGAAAUUGUAAACACUGGAAAUUCAUUCCUGCAGCCGAAACUUCCUUUGCCGAUCGUCUCAAGGGGUGCUGAAAUUGUCCUUGUAUAUUGGUCAGACAAUGCAAAUGGCCUUGGUCAAUUGCCAACCAUCCAAGCCCGAUUUAGUCAAACAGAUUGCCAAGACUUCUCUCAUCUUUUGAUCGAAAACUCAACGAUUUCAGUGACUGAGAAAUGUGGUAGCUUCAGACAGGCACCUCAACAGGCUUCCACUAACCUGGACUAUCACAUCAUGAUUGAAAGCAAGAGUGGCAGCAACCUCAAGCUGGAUUUCUCACCAAUCUCCGCAAUGCAGGAUGUCCAGUUUGUCUGUAAAGGGAUGAAGGAUCUGUGUGAAGAAGACUUACAGGUCUACGACCAAUCCGGUGACAGCCCGUUGUUGAUCUACUCCUACUGCCGAGAUGCUCGCACCGAGUGGAGAACGGUUUUGUCCUCCAGCAGCUCUGUUGAAGUAGUGUACAGGUCUCGCUGUGCGUGGUCAAAGAGCGGCUUCUUCUUCUCCUUCAGAGAAACAGAGUGCGUAAGAUCACAGACCACAACCUGUGGCCCACGUGUCAACCUGGACGCUUCUUGCGGAACAAUCUUCUCGCCGACAAAUUCUUCAGCCACUACAUGUGAGUGGCUCGUGACUUCUCCACUGGGUCAGAGCAUCCUGAUGUUCUUCCAGCCAAUCAGACUGAGGUCCGACGGUGACGUCGAUGACUACGUCACCAUCUUGGAGGGAGCUAAAAAUGGCGGUUUUCAGACGACAAACGAGCUGACAGAAAACUAUGACAUCUUUCCUUACUUAUCCACAACAAAUCAAGUUCUGAUUAAACUCUCCAAGGGCCAGAACGGUACUGAAACCAGAUUUGUGGCUCACUACUGGAUGGAAGAGGAGGCAACCUUUGUCAAGCAUAUGGAAGACGUGUACCUGUCUGAGGAGCUGUGCGAGCCUGGAUUUACCCACUACAGAGGGAACUGCUACCAGGUUUUAGCCAGUCAGGUACCGCUGUGGUGGGAGUCCGCACAGCAGCGAUGCAGCGACAUGGGCGCAACUCUCGCGAGCAUCACGAGUCCGUACGAGAUGAAGUUCAUCGAGAGGCUGGCCCGAGAAAGCUUGAUUGCCGGUGGGAGUACACCAAUAACAGCGUUCAUUGGCUUACGGUCGAAAGGCACAUCGGGAACGUACGCAUGGGUUGAUGGGAGUGACGUCACGUUCACGAGGUGGCAGGGGAGGCCGCCCGAGCCUACCGGGCAGGGGAAGGCUGCCCGGACCUGUACGCUGAUGACGACAGGGCGGCAGGAGGGGGACAUGGACACACGGUGGUACCCUGUACCGUGUGACUAUCCGCGUGCUGGCAGGAACUUUAUCUGUAAGGCUGGCGCAAGAGGAUGCGACGAAGGAUGGACUCUGGUUGGAUCCACAUGUCUGAAACUUUACCGGCUAAAAGGACAAGAAAUAAAUUAUGAUGACAAGUGUACUGAUGUUGGAGGAACGGUCGUUUUGGUAAACCACACCGACAAACUGCCACAGAUAGAAGAGUACCUCGACCAAUGUUGGCCCAGAUUUCCUGAACCGAAAGUGUUCAUGCAAAUAAAGGAAGAAGGAACAGCCACUUGUAACGUUUUGGAAAAAGAAGAGGGAACGGGAAAGAGGUGGGAGGCGGCAACGACGGAAUGCUACAGACGGGUGCCAACUCACGUGCUUUGCUCAAUGCAAAAAGAUGCCAAGACCUGCCCGGUGGUUUGUUCCUGCUUGGAGGACACAGUUUCCUGUGUACAGAAGGGCCUUGAGCAGCUGCCAGACAUGAUUCACAAGACAACCAGAAAACUCUUGCUUGGAAGCAACAGACUAAACUUCACAGCACAGUCGUUCACAUCCUGGCAUCUCCUAUCAUCACUGGACCUAAGCAACAAUUCCAUCCAGCAGCUACCGGAGAAUGCCUUUGGAACUCUUCACACCCUUCUACUCCUAAAUCUAAGUGGGAACUUGAUAACGGCGUUGAGGUCCUCAAGCUUCAGCGGACUAGAGAAACUCCAAGUCUUAGAUGUGAGUGGCAAUAACAUCGAUAAAUACGACAGGGACGUCUUCGAUCACAUGAAGAACUUACGACUUCUUGUUGCAGAUGAUGACAUCAUCUGCUGCCUUGCCCCACGAGUAAACGUCUGUACCGCGGAGAAAGACCCCACCUCUACAUGCGACCAUCUCAUCGCCAGUAACGUCCUGAGAAUAACCACGUGGGUUCUGGGGCUGUUGUCCAUAUUAGGAAACCCGACAGUUGUUCUUCAACACUUGAGGACUAAACAUGGCGGCACGUGGACGGCGUUCCUAUGUAACCUGGCGGUGGCAGACUUCUGUACAGGACUGUAUCUCUUAGUAAUAGGCUCUGCAGACGCAUUCUUCCGUGGAGAGUAUAUCUUUUAUGCUGAUCACUGGAUCUCUAGCACAAUGUGUGCAUCUGCUGCCGUCGUCUUCACCUUCUCCAAGAUGUCGUCCCUAUUUCUCGUCGGAGCAAUAAUGCUCGAAAAUCACGUGUUUCCUCGGCUUCCAAUCAAAUACCUGACGAACAGAAUGCACUCUCCUUCGAUCGUGGCAUCCGUGUGUUGGACGCUUUCAUUUUGUUGCACGAUAACUCUGACUAUUUCAUCCCAGCUGACUGGAUACUUCAUCGGCAGCAGGACGGGGCUAUGCACGCCUGUUCUGACAACCGUGUUGUCCAGUGCUGAACCGGGAUGGAAGUAUGUCUUCUUCGUGUACACCAUCUUGCCGGCAACAAUCAUGGUGCUUACUACAGUUUCGAGCAUCAUAGCAUUCUAUGCUGGCAAGCCAAACCCGCUAGCAAACGACUUGUAUUUCAGCAAGGAUUCAGCAAAAGAGAAAAAAUUACGCCUUGGUUUGAAGGGCUUGCUGGUGCUAAAUUAUCUGUGUUGGACCGUGGUGGUAAUCACGGGAAUUCUCACGAGAGUCGGCGAGAAGAUCUCGCCCGACCUUGCCGUUUGGACUGCCCUGUUCCUGAUGACAAUAUCUGCCGGCAUUGACCCGUUUAUACACCUCGCGAGCCUGGCAGACUUUUCUUCUGACAAAAGAGAGGCCACAAACUGUGCCGAAGCCAACGGAAACAUUGUGAAUACUUUCGUGGAUUCCCUGGGGAGAAGAGUCUACAAGGCAUCAACUGGCACUCUCAGAAGUAAUGGAUCAGACCAGACCGAGGAGAAACAAGCCAUCAAGGCGUAUCUACAGUGCUUGAGCGUCGACGUGGAAACAAACUUUGUCGUCAAACUUAUCCUGCAGUUUCGGAGCUAUUCUACAGUCUUGGUUGAGGGAUCGGCUACACAGGAGAUGUCAGUAUUACGGCGGAUAGGAGAGUCAGGUGGUCACCAGAACAUCGUGCGACAGUGCGUUAUCCCAGAGUUGGACGCCUACAAGUGGGUUCUGUACACUGUCUAUGAGAAUUGCAAAUUGAAGGAGGUUAUCCCAACUCUGUCAUCGGAAGAUCUUUUGACCAUCUCGUUGGACAUGUCCAAAGCACUGCACUUCCUACACCAGGAAAACAUCGCCCUGGGCAAACUGACUCUGGACGGAGUACUGGUAGAGAAGUUACCGCACAUAAAGGUGGUGAUAGCGGACUUCACCAGUGCAAAGAUCGUCGGGACGGGCGAGACUGCACAGAAAUCGUUUCAGGCAGACUUCGACGAGUGGCAAAGGCUGAGGACAAUGAUCAUCCGGAAAUCCGCCUACGCUACAUUAUCCUGUCGUCUGUAGCAAAUCAUUGAAGAACCACUGGCAAAACACUUCAUGCGAUUGCAAAUGUUGAAGCAGACGUAAAAUGUCCAAAUGACACCAUGUUACGUGAAAUAUUGACAACUUGCUAUGGGAACCAAUCGACGGAACGGAAGCCUAAUGCGGGGUCGUCCUUCUCUGAUCUUGAAAAAAAACUGAGCAAGGAGGACGUUGGAUUUGACAACCUUUGGACAAUUCUAUUGGACAAUGGUGAACUGAAAUAUGUUAUGAAGGACACAACGGAUAUGGGAACCUUUACUAAGGAUAGCAAUGGCGACACUUAUACAUAGGGUGACUGACCUGACUGACUGACACUAACCGUUAUUCAUACAGUGUAUGAAACUUGUAUCAACCUCAUGUACGUACGAGUCCUAGUGGCACUUUGAUCUCAUAGAUUAGACCCCAUGAUGUAACAUCAGUCAUAAAUUAUAACCAUCCGCAAACCAUGUGUAGAUUCAGAGAAAUCGAAAGAGUAGAUAUUCCUAGGGUAAAGUAGGGCUAUAGUUUGCGUUGUGCAACUAAAAUAAAAUACCCAAUACACUUGGAUAAUUAGAUAGAUACUAUGGAAUAAAUUGCACAUGUACCUCUACAGACCUUUACUUACAACAUAACCUUUACUUAUUACAAACACAACCGUUCCGCUCUACUAGUGCUGCCCUCCGUAGUUCAGUUACAAAUAUUGGGAAUCAUUUUAAGAAAUACCAAGUGACUUCAUUGUAAAUAUGAAUUUCUAUUGAUUGAUGUUGAAGAGUUCCAAUGUAUAUAUUUGAGAAAUGAUUUCUUUGCUGCUAGGAUGUAGACUCAACAAAUGUGAGAGACUGCGAUAUUUGAUUCAGUGAGCAUUAGGUCUUUAUCAGUUUAUGGUAUACUGACUUUGAUGUACAAAAAUGGUUGUAGUAUCAUUAAUUAUAUGUUAUGCUAUGAAUCAUACGUAUAUUCGCAAAUGCUCGUACGCGUAUUAUACGUAUACGUUCUGAAAUUUAGCAGGUAAACUGGUGUAGAUGAUUUGUAUUCUAUAUUACCACCUCCCAGCAUAACAUAUGGAAAUGCUCUCUUAUGACGUCAUUGAUGUUUGCUUACAGUGAAUAAUAAAUGUCGUGAUACCCACUAACUGACGGACAAAUCCAGGAAUUUCUUUCCUGCCAAGGCAGUGAAAAUUAAUAAAAAAUGCGCGCCUGAAUAAGAUAUGUUAUUUCAACCAUUGCUAGUGUGGCGCUAUUUGAUAAUUACUAGCGGUCUUUCAGUAUGUUACGUUCUAUGGUAUCAUGAAAAUAGCAUUUUUUUCAGUGAAAACAUAUCACAUUUUGUAGUUGGUAACGUUAUAGAUCUGUCAAAAAUACAUUGUAAUAAUUCUAAUGUUUAGAAUGCUAAUUCAUACUGCAUCUAACGUUAACUUGAAACUGCGGUGCCUGCAGCGACAACAAAAUUCUUUUUAGAUGGUACUACAUCACGGUAGGCAAGACUGGAACACAAAGUGGUAAGCGUUUUGGUUAACAUUGCUGUUCACUGUAUGCAUGGUAUGUAAACAUUGGCAACGAACGGAGUAGAAUGACAACAAUAGGCCAGGAUUUGUGUGUUUAGUGUGGCAUGGAUGGAAGAAAAUUUAUUUCUUUUGCAUCAAAAGGGCGUUGGUCUGCGUUGCCUGUACAAUUUUUAUGGGGAUAAUUCAAUCAUAGCCGUUGAUCCGUAUAGAAAAUAAAAAUAUGCUUUCCUCGUCCAUGGCUGUUGUCUGAUCUUCUUCCUCUGAUAAGACCAUAUAUAAGAACAGACCGUCA